UUUAUAGCCUUCCCCCUCCUUAUUCCCGCGGUGAACGACGAUCUUAAAAUCUCUAGCUCACUGGAGCGCUCGCAGUUUGUUUCCUUCAAGUCUCUAAAGUUGUUGGUUGAUAUCGAAAUCCCAAGAUGAGGGGACUUCUCUUAGCGCUAAUUGCGGUUAGCGUUGGCCUUUGCGCGGGUGUUGAUCCUCAUGAGCACAACAAAAUCGUCUGCUACUGGAACUCCACGUCUUUCGAACGAACUGGCGCAGGAAAAUUCAACAUUGAUGACUUAAAACCGGCUCUGGGGAUGUGCACACACCUGGUGUACGGUUUCGCAGGAAUCAAAGCUGACAUACUCGAAGCAGCGCCCUUACGACCGGAUCUCGAUACCGGCGCAGGCUAUGGUUUUUAUAAACUCGUCACCCAGAUGAAAAGAAUUUUCCCCGAUCUGAAGGUUUAUCUGAGUAUCGGCGGAAAUGCUGAUCCUUAUGAGGAUACUCAUAAAUAUUUGACCUUGGUUGAGACACCCGAGGCCAGAACGAAAUUCAUCAACUCAGCAAUUCGUCUUUUGAAUGAAUAUGAUUUCGAUGGAGUCGAUCUCGCUUGGCAAUUUCCACCCGUCCGUGUAGCGAAAAAACGGGGCACAUUGGGCUCAAUCUGGCACGGUAUCAAGAGCACCUUUGGAUACGGAAAAUUCAAGGAUGAGAAGGAGGAGGAGCACAGGAAUGGCUUUACAAAUUUAGUCCGUGACCUGAAAGCACAACUGAGACCCAGGAAUAAGGCACUCACACUCACUGUCUUGCCCCAUGUCAACGCCAGCGUUUACUAUGACGCAAGAUUAUUGGCACCGAAUCUCGACGCCGUUCACUUGAUGGCCUUUGAUCAGAGAACACCUGAGAGAACUCCAAAGGAGGCGGAUUAUCCAGCGCCUAUUUACGAGAGCUAUGGAAGAAUUCUUCAGGACAAUGUUGAUGCCAGUGUUCGUUACUGGUUGGCGCAGAGUACACCCGGUGGUAAAAUCGUGGUAGGCAUUCCCACCUUCGGCCGCACCUGGACAUUAACGAGUGACAGUCAAAUCUCAGGAGUCCCUCCAAUCGUGACUAAAGGUCCUGGGGCAGAGGGUCCCCAUACAGCGAUCCCAGGGCUUCUCUCAUAUCCCGAAAUUUGUGCUCGAUUGACGGAAACCCACGUGGGUCGUCUCAGGCGCGUUGGUGAUCCGUCAAAGAAAUACGGAAGCUAUGCCUAUCAGCCUUACAACUCAGACACCGAAACCGAUGGCAUUUGGGUCGGUUACGAUGACCCUGAUACAGCUGGUAACAAAGCCAGUUACGUCAAAGCGAAGGGGCUCGGUGGUAUUGCCAUUUGGGAAUUGUCAACUGAUGAUUUUCGUGGCACUUGCAACGGGGACAAAUUCCCCAUUGUGAACGCUGCCAGGAUGAAGUUGUAAACUGUCUCCUACUGACAUGAUUGAUAUAACUUAGAUGUAUUUGGUAAUAAAUUUUGAGUUUUAAGGA